GUUCCACCAAUAACAGCAGAAGCAGUGGCAGAAUCCAAUCCUACUGAAAAUUGCAUACUAUCAAAUUCAUCAAUUGAUGGUAGUGUUGAACAUCAUUUUAAACCACCAAUUCAAGAAACAGGUUUUAAAAAAGAUGAAAGCAAUAAUGACAAAGAAGAAAAAAAUUAAUGGAACUUUACUUACUACAUUAUAGAAGAACUGUUCAUUUUUGCACAAGGAAACUGGAGCCAUACAACUAUUACAGAGUGGUUUUUUAAUAUGUAAAUUUUGGUUAAGUUUCUAUAGUAAAAUAUUAUCUAUAGUAGUAACACAUAUAAUACAUGUAAUCCAACCAAAAGGAAUUCCCGAUUGAUUUUACAGUCAGUGACAUACUUUGAAUCAUGAGCAAAGAGGAGGCCAGUGGAGGAGAAGAACAACAAGCUAAACAUGUCCAAGACUUAGAAACUAAACUCAAACAGAUUCAAAAGGAACUUGAGGUUGCAGAAACUCAGUAUGAGAAGAAGCUUGAGGAAGCUAACAAUGAACUGAAAAUAAAAUCAGAAAUGUGCCAAAAGUCAGAACAAUGUAUUGAGGAAAGGGACAAGGUUAUCAAAGAGCUUGAGGAAAAGCUUGAAAUCAAAGACGAAGAAGUCAAAACAAAACUUGAAGAGUAUUUUAGCAAAGCAAUGAGUGAUGAUAAAGAUAGUCUGAUCGCAAAACUGAUGAAAAGAAACAUCUUAUUAGAAGAAAAGCUAGAAACACUUAAAGCCAAAGAAGCAGAUCUAAAUGAAGCAAAAACAAGACAAGCAGAGAUAUUGACUAAAGUGACAAGUGAAAAAGACAGUCAGAUUGCCCAACAGAAAAAGAAAAUCUUUUUGUUACAAGACAUGCUAGCAAAACAGAUAGAAGAGGCAAAGGAGAAGUCAGAAAAGGAACAAAAAAUAUGUAGACAGGAAAUAGAAGAAGCAAAUAAAGCCUGUGCUCAAAAAAUCAAGGAGGCACAACGUGAUAUUGAAGAGAAGCUACAAAUUGCUAGACAAACAAGUGUCACCACUCUUGGUGUCACUAAUAAGCAAGUAUACGUAGCAAUGAUAGAACUCCUCACAAAUCUGAUGGAGCAAGCCAUUGCCAAAAACCCAUCAAUUCAAAAGAUGUGUCAACAGAUGGAGGGAUUGGCUUUAGAUGUAAAAGAAGUCAAAGAAAAUCAAAGGAAGGAAAAGGAGCCCAUUGUUACUCCAAUAACAGCUGAAGCAGAGGAAGACUCAAAUGAUACUGGAGUCUCUCCUUAUAACAUUGCUACAUUAUCAAAACCUUUGAGUGACACUAAUGUGGAGCCAUACUUUGAUCGACCAGCUGAAGAAACAGGCAUGACAGAAAUGAGUAAAAUAGUGACGACAAAUGCCAAAGAUGACAAAAAAUGAUGAAAUGAAGAACUACAUGUACACGUGACAUCUUUUGUGUUUCUGCGUACUACUCAAACGCUACUAGUAUUUUGAUUUCAAUUUAAUUUUGAUUAAAACAAGUACAUGUAAUAAAAUA